AAUACCAAGCGCCUCCCGUCACUGGAUCGUAUAUAAGCGGAAAGAGUCCUUCCUCUGCUAAACCAAUCGAGACUCCAAGUUCGAAAAAAUGGCCCCUCCCAAAGUGCUCAUGAUUGCAGAGAAACCUAGCAUCGCUCUAUCCAUUGCUUCUACAAUCUCCGGCGGCCAAAUGCAUAGUAGGAAAGGCACUACCGAGGUUCAUGAAUUUGAAGGAAUGUUUAAUGGAUUUCGUGCAUACUUUAAAGUCACUUCAGUCAUUGGACAUGUUUUCAGUGUAGAUUUUCCAGCAAAAUAUCAAGACUGGGCCGCCACUGAUCCUGCUGAUCUUUUUCAAGCUCCAAUUCAUAAGGCAGAAGCAAAUCCAAAGGCUCAUAUUUGUAGGCAUUUAAGUCAAGAAGCUCGUGGUUGCAAUCAUUUGGUAUUGUGGUUGGACUGUGAUCGUGAAGGAGAAAAUAUAUGCUUUGAAGUUAUUCAGUGUACCGGUUUUCAAGCAAAUGAUGAUAGAAGAAAGGUUUAUCGCGCACGAUUUUCUUCAGUUACUGAGAAAGACAUUUUGAAGGCCAUGAACUGCCUAGUUGAACCCAACGAAUAUGAGGCACUAGCUGUGGAUGCUCGGCAAGAGAUAGAUUUGAAAGUUGGUGUUGCAUUCACACGAUUUCAAACUAGUUUUUUCCAGGGAAAAUAUGGCAAUCUUGAUUCCAGAGUUAUCUCAUAUGGGCCGUGUCAAACUCCUACCCUUGGGUUUUGUGUACAGAGGUAUUUGCAAAUUACUACUUUUAAGCCAGAAAAGUUUUGGGCUUUGCGCCCCCACGUAAUGGUAGAUGGCUAUGAACUUCAACUAGAAUGGGAACGUCACAAGUUAUUUGACUUGGAUGUUGCUUUGAUGUUUCAAAAGCUGGUAUUACAGGAUAGAAUAUUGGAAGUAACUGAUAUGUCAGAGAAACAGGAAAGCAAAGGCCGUCCUCCUGGUCUAAACACAGUGAACCUUCUAAAGAUUGCUUCAAGUGCAUUAGGCUUCGGACCUCAAGUGACCAUGCAGCUGGCUGAACGUCUAUAUAUUCAGGGAUUUAUCAGUUAUCCACGCACAGAGAGCACUGCCUACCCUUCCUCAUUUGAUUUUAAAGGCACACUUGGUGCACUAGCAAACAAUCCAAUGUGGGGCGAUUAUGUCCAGGGACUGCUUUCUGGUGGUUAUCAUAAGCCUCAGUCUGGAAAAGAUGCAGGUGACCAUCCUCCUAUAACUCCAAUGCGGUCAGCAAAUGAGGAUAUGCUUGGAAGAGAUGCUUGGAGACUAUAUCAGUAUGUCUGCCAACAUUUUCUGGGGACUGUAUCUCCAGACUGCAAGUAUACAAGGACAAAGGUAGAAUUCUCAAUUGGUGGAGAGUUCUUCCAUUGUAUAGGUCUGCAUGUUACAGUCAAAGGAUUUACAUCAAUUAUGCCAUGGUUGGCAGUGAGUGAGAAAAAUCUUCCUCAGUUUGCAAAAGGAGAUAAAAUUGAAGUUUCUAAAGUUGAGCUAUUUGAGGGGCAAACUGUUCCUCCAGAUUAUCUCAGUGAAAGUGAGCUGAUUUCUCUGAUGGAGAAGAAUGGAAUAGGUACAGAUGCAUCAAUAUCUGUACAUAUUAACAACAUCUGUGAGCGCAACUAUGUUCAGGUACAAGCUGGUAGAAAGUUGGUUCCAACUGCUUUGGGUAUCACACUAAUAAGAGGCUAUCAAUGUAUUGAUCCAGAUCUCUGUUUACCAGAUAUUCGUGGUUUUAUUGAGCAGCAGAUUACCCUUGUUGCCAAGGGUGAGGCUGAUCAUUCUUGUGUUGUUCAGCAUGUGCUAGAACAAUUCAAGCGGAAGUACAGUUACUUUGUUAAGCAGAUUGACAACAUGGAUGCAUUGUUUGAAGCACAGUUCUCCCCACUUGCUGACUCAGGACGUGCUUUUAGCAAAUGUGGUAAAUGCCUGAGGUACAUGAAGUACAUUUCUAGCCAGCCAUCGCGUUUAUAUUGUGGUACAUGCGAGGAAGUUUAUUAUCUUCCUCAAAAGGGAACAAUCAAGCUGUACAAGGAACUAACAUGUCCUUUGGACAACUUUGAGCUGUUGAUCUUUGCCAUGGCUGGUCCAGAAGGCAAGUCAUUCCCUCUUUGUCCUCUCUGCUACAAUAGUCCUCCUUUUGAAGGUAUAGACGCUCUCUUUGGUGCUUCUAAGACCGGUAGUUCUGGGAUGUUGGGGAAGGGGGCCGGCAUGCCAUGCUUCCUCUGUCCGCAUCCGACAUGUCGACAUUCUUUGAUAGCUCAAGGGGUUUGUGCUUGCCCCGAAUGCAAUGGGACACUUGUUUUGGAUCCUAUAAGUGCUCCCAAGUGGAGACUUUACUGCAAUAUGUGCAAUUGUCUUGUCUUGCUCCCUCAAGGUGCUCACCGGAUUUCCACUACUCGAGAACAAUGUCCUGAAUGUGACUCAACAAUCAUAGAAGUGGAUUUCAACAAGAAUACAACGCCCUUGGAGGAUGGAGCAACCCUGCAUGUUGGUUGUAUUCUUUGUGAUAAUCUGCUUCAUUCUCUCGUCGAGGUGAAGCAUGGAAAGUCGUUCUUCAAGCGAGCUGGUAAGUGGGCAAGGGCAAGGGGAAGAGGUGCUUAUAGAGGAAGGGGACGGGGUCUUGGGAAAAUGGACCCUAAGAUGAGCUUUCGGGAUUUCUAAACGAGCUUUUCUGGAUAAUUAUAUUGCUCUUCUUCAUAAACAGGGAAUCCGGAGUUUGCUACGUUAUGUUGCUGUACGAGCAUAAAGCUGUGAACUUGUGGCGUUUGGAACCUUGACGAGAAUGAGAGUAUUAACUAUUUUUAUUUA